UCAAUAAAUGUAGCUGCGCAACAGUUUCGGGCGCCAAGUGUAAGUCCAACAAGAGCGAGAUAGCCAUAUUGCAAUUCUGCGGCCAGUGCUGGUAAGCGCUCAAUUAAUUAAUUGCGGGGUCGGCGGCAUGAGUGCAGUGAAAAUGUUUAGCGUUGAAGACGGCACAAGAUUUGAUUGAAACGAAAACAAAUUAAGAAUUGUUCGUAAUUUCGCAAAAAGCCAACGCUUGAAUUACAUUUAACACUCUCAAACUGGCCAUUAGCUAUAAGGGUCGAUGAUUAUAUGUGUGUUUGGCGAAAGCCUUUGUGUUGUUUCCGCCGGCUGGACGCCAAAACUACAAAUUUAUUGUCAAUUGCACAAAAGUGACAAAUUAUUUUCUCGGCUGCCGCGAGUGCAACGUAGAGCGGACAAUUUCGAUACGCUCAAUAAAGAGUGUGUACAGUAAAUAUAAACGCCGAAUCAUCGGAUUUGUUUUUGUUUAUACCAGUUUCUGCACACAUUUCUAAAUUGCAAAACAUAAAAGUGAAAACAGGCCAAGAGCUAGCAGUAUUUGUCGCGCUGGUGGUGUACGUGCACGGGCUGAAGUAGAAACAGAAGCAGAAGCAGACAUCGCUGACAACCAACAGGAGGUGGGGCCCGACAUCGCCUUCGUUUUUGCUGUUACCGUUCUUGUUGUUUUUGCUGCUGCUGACAUUGUUUUUGUUUGGCACACAAAACACGCGGCGUGCAGCUUAGCAAAAGGGCGGGAAGGCAACUAUAACGGUUCUCGUCCGAAUUUUUGUUACGCGUGUGUCGAUAGUUUUUUGUUUUUUUUUUUUUUGUUCAAUUUUAUUGUUUGUUUGCAUUGCGUUUUGAAUUCAGCCUCACAAUUGGGGGGCUGCGGCGGUGGCAAUGUCGAAGCUGGGCGAGCACAAACGUGUGUCCCUCACCACAAUCAGCACGCAGAGGAGCAUAACUAAUAGCAAUGAAGCUGGCUUCAGUUCAAUGCCGCCGACGUUCUCGCGUUUCGGUGACUUCUUGGAUCCGGACGCAAUGCAGGCAAGCAAGAGCAGUAAAUCGGCAACCAAAAGCGUUCGACUGGAACUGGAAAUGUUCGAGACGGACUCAAACAGGUAUCCCGAGUUCAACUAUUCAAAGCUGCUCUACUUGGAGAAGAAAAAAGCCAAAAUGCUGAAAGAGAAAGCCAAUAAUGGCAGAACAGAUCCUUUUGCCGAUAACGAUGAUGAUGUGGCACGCAUUGCCAAGGAGCUGGAGGCCAAAUAUGGAAAUGCCUAUGCCAGGGGCCGCAGCAGGCGUAAGAAGGAAGAAUUUUAUGACAUUGGAAUGGGUUACGACGAGUCGGAUUCCUUUAUAGAUAAUACCGAGGCGUACGAUGAAAUUUUGCCUGAAGAAGUGGAAACACUUGAGGGUGGUUUUUAUAUUAACUGCGGCGCCUUGGAAUUUAAGAAUCUAAACAAAAAAUCCAGUACACGUCGCACCGAUGCCAUUAUCAAAAUGCCGGAGCGAUCGCGCAAACGAGUUGUGUCCAGCAGCUCGGAUGAAUCUACUGAAUCAUCAUCAGAUUCCUCAAGUGAUAUUGAACAGAAACAAGUUACGAAUAAUAAGAUUAACAAUAAUAAUAAUAAUGCUGAUAAUGGUGAGGACGAAGAUGAUGACGACGAUGAUGAUGAUGAUGAUGAAGAUGAUGAGGAUGACGAUGAUGACGACGAUGAUUCGGAUUCAGACGACAGCGAGAGCAUUGAGGGCUCUGACAGCGAAAGCGAAAGUCUCGAUGAAGACACCAACGGCACGUCUAACAGCGCCAAAAAGAAGUUCAAGCAAUGCGAUUUAAAACGUCCGAAAUCCAGUUCCGCUUCCAAGCAGAAGAUCCACAGUGCCAAUGCAAAGAAGCCAAGCAGCAAGCUGAAAUCUGUGCCGUCCUCUUCCUCAAAUUCACCGCGUCCGAUUACCAUAGACAAUUCCGACACGGAUGAGCGGCAGGCGCAGGCGCAGGCACAGGCCCUCAAGAAAGUGGUCAAGACAACAACUGUCAAGGAUAUGCUAAAGGCGAAACGCGAUAGCUUCCUAAAAUCUCAAGGCCAGCUCGAUGGUCCCUCGAAGAACGCUGUAAACGGCGAAGUGAAGUGCAUCACGACGACUAUUAUUGAUUCCAGUAGCGACAACGAUGACACCGAUUCAGCAAGUGAGCAAGGGAAAUCGGAUAAGUUGCCCAAGAGCAAGGAUGUUAAUGAAAAUCUACGAUCGGCAGAUACGAUUCUACCCGCAACACUCGAUAGAGAGAUCCUUGUCAACAUCAACAGCUUCAAGGAACUGGUUAGAAGCAGAGAAUUGUGUGGCAAAAGAUUUUACUUUGAUGGCAAGCUUACGACGCUUUUACUCAAAAUUUACGAGGCGCUGCUGUGCACAGAGCGCAAUGAGCGAAAUAUGGUGUUUGCACAUCUGGAAUACCAGCUUCAAUUGCCAAAAUAUUUUAUACUGCGCAAGGCCAAGGCGCUGCGCGCCAAGGAGGAGAAGAAUAAGACGACAAACGCCUUGGAGCGACUACGCAAGGCGGUCGCCGAGGUGAUGCCCAAAGCAAUCGCCAAUUAUGAGAUCGAACUUCAUAAAUUUGCGGAAUUGGCUGCGGCAGAUGUUAACGCAGAGCAUCCGCCAAAGAUGCCACGGAAAAAGUUUCAGUGGACAAAUGAGUUGCGCGAAAGGCUCUAUGAGGUAUACCAAGCGCGCUGGACAUCUUACGCAGUGCUGGGCAAACGAAAGGAUUCACUGGAGCAGUUCAUCAACGGCUACCUGAAAGACAAAAUAGUGGAUGUUUGGGCAACUGGCUGGAUGCGUUACGAGGAUUUGCAGCGCGAGAUUGAGCGGCAUAAGAAUGCCAGCAAAAAGCUUAAAGAGAAAGCGAAGAAACAAUCACUAGGCACAGCCACAACCACCGCAGUCACCACAUCCACAAUACAAACAACCACAACCAACAAUUACCUGAAGCAAGUCGAUGAUCUGACGGUGGCCGAACAGAGUCGGUCGCGUGCCAAUUCCGAUACGGAUUCAGCUACAAGUGCCUCAUCCAAUAGUGUCAAGCGUAAACUUGAAUUGCCACCCAGCAGCAAUGUUGCGACGACGCAGCCAAAGCCAAGCGCAAAGCCGCCCAAAAUCAAAUUCCAAAAGCAAUUGGCGGCAACCCUUGCACAAAUGUCGCAAGUAAGCAGCGCCUUGCCGAUGCCUCCAACUAACAUUGAGACGAUGUCGCUGCCAGCUGUCAACAAUUACCUGAAGCAAUUCGAGGACCUCACAGUCAUCGCCCCACAGAGUCGCUCGUGUGGCAAUUCUGAUACAGAUUCCGUUAAAAGUGCCUCCUCGAGCAGUCUGAAGCGCAAGCUGGAAACUCCUGCCUUGGGCGGCACAACACAAUCGAAGCAAGGCAGCAAGCCGCCCAAGAAGAAGAAACAGCAAAUCUCGCCACUGCCACAACAGCCACAGCCACAGGCCCAAUCACAGAUGACACAGUUGGACACGCUAAUGUCGCAGCCGAGCACAUCGGCACAGGCAGCGGCAUUGAAUGCAGCUGUUGUGGCCGCAGCAGCUAGCAUGCUGGAGCUGGCCUCGCCCACUAAGACGGAUCACAGCAUCUACAACCUAAUAUCAGCCGCAUCGAUGAACCCAACGGCGGUUAGUGUCGGCGCUCCUAUAAACAGUCUGCCACAGACUGCAGCACAUUCCACAGCAUCAAUCAUGACAUCACGCCCCGUGCCCCACAUCAUCAACUUGGACGACUAUAAGAGUCCCAGCGAUAUCUUGCAGACAUCACAGCAACUGGCGGCCAAUAAAUGGCAGUCCGUUCCCGUGUCGAAGGAGCAGCCGCCAGUGCCUCCAGCUGUGGUGCGAUGCGAGAGCAGCAGCGAGUCGGACGGUGUGGAGAUUGUGGGCGUCUAUCCGGCGGUGGUGAAGCAGAUUCUCCCCAAUAAAACGAAGCCCAAGUCGAAGGCCAGCCAGAAGAGCAAACCGACGUCAGUGAUUAGCACGACGGGCACGGUGCCCAAUGGAGUUAAUGGUACGCUUGGUUUCAAUUUGGAAAACAUGUAUGUGUACAACAAUAAUAAUACUGCCCCCAAGAUGGGAACUGGGGUAAUACGCGCUACUGCGGCAACCAAUACGGUGGAAACGCUUGGCUACGAUCUCAGCCGCAGUCCGCAGAUUAUGAAGAAAUUAUCGGAAUUAUCGGCGCUCGAUAAGCAACUAAAAUGGUCACCGUGCUCGCUACUCUCCGGUGCUGGCACCAGCGGUGGUGCGGGCGCCGGUGCUGGUGCGAGUGCCGGGAAACCAACAACGCAUCAAUGACAUACGGGGAAUGCCACACAGCCCCAAUCGGUGUCGGUGUCGGCAUUCUAUAAUCACGAGCAGGCUGUGGCCGCCGCCUUGGUGUUAUCCUCGAUGAGUGCCUCUGCCGCCCGUUAUGAUGCGUACGAUGUGCAGCUGGGACUGCUGAAUGGCUCGCUAGCUUCCUCUAAUCAGAUGUCCAGUGCCGCAACUCAACCAAUUGCAACAACAAUAACAGCAACAACAACAGCAACAACACCACAAACACUGCCACAAGUAUUUCUGAAGCCUUCCCCCCCGCCUUCAGCCGCUGUCGAUGGUAUUAGCGACAUGACAGCAAACACGGCGCAGGCGGCGCAACUGCCCACAAAAUUCAUCUAGAUAUAUGCAUAGCACACACAUGCUCCCUAAACUAUUCUGAGUUCAACAUUUACAGAUCUAUACAUAUAUGUAUACCUCCUCGAGGGGAGAGAAUUAAGACGCUUAGUUUGUAGGUUUCAUAAGAAUUAGUCAUUUUAAAUUGAUAUUGUGGGUGUGCAUCACUGCCAAUAAUCAUCAAUCACGAGAAGAUGCAGGAAAUGCUCAAGAAUCGAGUGAGGCAUGUACGAAAAAAGGGUAUGCCGUCUUCGGUGUGUUCGUGUAGUGUGUGUCCGCGCUGGCGAUGUGAUGAUUUCGUAUUUGUUUUGUAUUUUUCGUUUAUCAUUCUUUGAGGAAUAUCAAGUCCACCAACUUAAAGUAUGUACUUUGAAAGAGGUUAAGAAUCAAUCGAGUUGUAUCUAGUUAUUUAUAGUGAAUCAAUUUUUAUUAAAUAAAAGAAAAAUAAGUUAUGUAAUAAAAAAGUAAAACAAAGA